AACAUGUAAAAAGACGGGUAGCAUUACUAAAAUCUAUUAACCAGCGCCAGCGAUACUCAUCUUGCCCGAACCUGAAACUUGAAAACCCUAAAUGGAUAAAUCAAUGGAUGCUAACGAACCCUAAUCGUGCGUUAGCAGUUCCGAUUGUAUGGAGCCUUCGUAUCUACUGAAGCAGUUAGAGUUUAUUCUCGAUUCCGAUCCUUUAAUUGAUGAAGUGGGGUUCGUUCAUCCGUCUCAGUUUGCUGCCAUAACCGACACAUCUGUUCCAACUGAAGCUAAUCCUACCGAGACGGCUUUCUGGAGUAGAGAUCACAAAUUAGGCAUCUCAACCGACAUUAUCCACCCAUUAUACAAUGCUGCUAAACAUGCAUUUAUGUCUUCCCUAAAGCAGUAUAACACGCUGACCGAUUUACACACAGAGAAAGUGGUAUCGGACACCAGUAACGUCAUAAGCUCUUCAUAUUCUUUACCUAAUCUUGAAUGUGAAGUAAUGAAGCAUAGUCGGGCACUUUUGCUGCUGAGUUGUGAUUUUGGAACUGCAUGGAAUUGCAGGAAGCAAGUUGUUUCGAAGAAGCAAAAUGUUACGUUAUAUUUUGAUGAGCUAACGUUAUCAACUUUGGUUCUUUCGUAUUCACCAAAAAGCGAGCGUGCUUGGACUCAUAGGCGAUGGGUGAUUAAGAGGAUAGCUGGCAAGAGUACAAAUCUGCAAGAAGUUUUGAAAAACGAAUCUGAAUUAGCUAAAAAAAUAGCAGAGAAGUCAAAGAUGAACUACCGUGCAUGGAAUCAUCGUUGUUGGUUAGUUUCUUACAUGCCCAAAAAUCAGAUAAUUGACGAGUUGGUUAAUAAUCGAGAUUGGGCUGGAUUGCAUGUUGCUGAUAACUCUUGCUUUCACUACCGAACACGGUUGAUGAGCAGGACAUUAGAAGAUUCAUGGUAUAAACAAGAUUCAAACGAAAGCCCUUCACAUACUACCGAACUAUAUCAACUUUGGAAGGACGAGCUUACCUGGAGUGAAACGUUAAUCAAGCGUUACAUAGGAAGAGAGGCUUUAUGGCUUUAUCGCCGGUUCCUCUCUCUCUGCUGGAUAAAACAUUUUGCAGCUCAUAUGGGUGGGACCCAUGUUGAGUUAUUUCUGGAUAAUGAGUUACUACUCUUUCGCUCGUGUAAGACUAUUCCAGAUAAUGUUUUUGAGGAUUAUGAAUCACAAGCAAUGUUUGCAGCUACUUAUAUAAUGUGGUUGAUCAAGCAAAUGGAUGAGCUUCAAAGUAUGGAGAUUCGAGAAAAGGUUGGAGAAGAAAUUGAAGAAGUUUUGAAUAAGGUAUGCCCCAAUAAGGCUUUUCUUUGGGAUCUUGUGAGGAUUAAAAGUGGAAAUUGCUAAAUUUGUUUUUGGUACUUUUGAUUUUGUUAACAAUGGAUUUUAAUUUUAAGAAGAUAAAAAACUAAUCAAUAAAAAUGAGGAUAUAGGAGAUGAAAUGUAUUUAUCUUGGACGAAAUGUGCAGUAAAUUUGUUUGAACAGUUGUUCCUGUUUCGACUCAUUUGACUUGUUCUUUUGAGCUUUAUUAUAUUUCGACUCGUAUGCCCCGUUCGACCA